CAGCGUCGAAGGAAUUCACCGCCCAAAUUAGUUACUGCUCCAAAAACCUAGCUCAAUCCCGUAUCUCCCCCACCGCCAUUCUCCGGCACCUGGCCGUCCUUGUCGAUUGCCAUCAUCAUAAUCAAAUCUAUCUCGCUGGAGAAACUCUUCCCGUAAGUUCCUUUACGCUCUCUGACUCUCUCUCUCCAGCUCGCCGCUCCAUAAUCGAUUCCUUUUUCGUUUCCGCUGAGACAUAGGAAACCCUAGUUUCUCCCUGAAUGCCGAGGGAGGCUUAACAGGAAGCUCUAUUCAUCUGUCCAGAGGUCGGAACUUAGCUAGGAGAUUCUGCAACCAUGUCGGUCACGGCGGGUGUCAGCGAUGCGGCACUGGCCACCCGAGACAAACUCAAAGGCAAAAUCAAUCCGACCAAAGUGAAGAGGUACUGGCCAGGUAAAGCUCCCGAGUGGGCAGACGAAGCAGAUGAAGAUGGCGAUAUCAGGAUGUCCAAAAUGGACAUCCUGGAAAAGGCCUUCCCAAGCCACGACGGUGCUUCCGAUCCCGCCCUGAGAGACGAUCCCAGGCUCCGACGUCUGGCCGUGAGCAGGAUUGACAACCGGGACGAGGCAAGAGCCGACCACCGCAGAAUCCGACAGGCUGAGAUUAUAUCCACGGAGGAGGAGGAGAGGCUGGAAGGAUUAGACGCCGAGGAAGAAGAUGAGGAGGCAUUGGAAGAGAGAAGGAGAAGAAUCAGGGAGAAGGCUCGAAUGAGGGAGCGAGAGGAAGCUGCACUGCUUCCUGUAGAAGAGGAAGAAGAUGAAGAAGAAGCAGAAGAAGACGAGUCUUCCGAGUAUGAGACCGACUCCGAGGAAGAAACGACAGGUAUGGCAAUGGUGAAACCUGUGUUUGUGCCUAAAUCAGAGAGAGAUACCAUAGCCGAAAGGGAGCGGCUUGCCGAAGAAGAAAGGGCUUUUGAGGAGAAAGUGAAGAGGAAAAUGGAAGAGAGGAAGGUGGAGACUAAGCAUAUGUUGGUUGAAGAGAUUAAGAAGGACGAACAAAUUCAGAAGAAUUUGGAGAUGGAGGCGGAGAUUGCUGAUGUGGAUACCGAUGAUGAGAUGAAUGAAGCAGAAGAGUAUGAAACGUGGAAAGUGAGGGAAAUUGGGAGGAUCAAAAGGGAUAGGGAAGAUAGAGAGGCGAUGUUGAAGGAGAAGGAAGAGAUUGAGAGAGUGAGGAAUAUGACUGAAGAAGAGAGGAGGGAAUGGGAGAGGAAGAACCCUAAACCUGCUCCGCCACCUAAGCAGAAGUGGAGGUUUAUGCAGAAGUAUUUUCACAAAGGUGCUUUCUUUCAGGAUGAAGGCGAUGAACGUGCUGCUGCUGCAAGUGCUGGGUCCGAUAAGAAUGUCUUUAAGCGCGAUUUCUCUGCACCAACUGGUGAAGAUAAGAUGGACAAGAGUAUAUUGCCGAAGGUUAUGCAGGUGAAGCACUUUGGUCGCAGUGGAAGGACAAAAUGGACUCAUCUUGUUAAUGAGGAUACUACUGAUUGGGAUAAUCCAUGGACAUACAACGAUCCACUUCGUGCAAAGUACAAUGCCAAGAUGGCUGGAAUGAAUGCUCCCAUAGCUAAACCGAAAGGGAGUAAGAAACUGAAAGAUUGGGAGACAAAAUAGUAAGGCAGCUGUAUUCCUCUUUUUUUUGGUGGCAGAGGGAAAGGCUGGAGAAAGGAGGGGGAAAUUGUGUUUGUAUCCCGCAAAAGGCGAAAAGAUGGUUUGUGAAAUGAUCUGUUUUUGAUUCCUUGCACCAUUUUCUUUUGUGCCCUUUUCAAUAGAGUUGGAGCAUUUUUCAGUUAUUCUGUCUAACUUCAUGGCAUUUGUUUACUGAUGUAGCUUCUUCUCUAAAAUCGGAACCAUAUAUUUUCUCUCUUUAUUUAUGCCCUUUUCAUUGAUGAGCUAUGUUGAGUGAAACGAUUAUGACUGUGAAUACGUGCAUAGACCAAGCUUAUAGCUAGAUUGCCAGCAGAGUCUCUGUUGUUGAGUAGCAAUAGCUGUAGUUAAUUUGUUGAGUGUAGUUGGACAACGUGAACACAUCGUUUCU